AUGGAGCGCCUCUUCGCGAGCUGCAGCCCCGCCUCCUUUCUCAAACCCUUGAGCAUCCCCCAGCGCAGAGCGGAGAUGCCCGGGCCCUUCGCUUGGCGUCUUCUCCCGCCGCUUAGAGCUCCCAAGAUAGUCUGCAUGGCGGUAAUUCCUCACGUCCGUUCGCUUGAAAUCGUCCCAUCGCCAACUAUCGUGCUUGUUUGUUGUUUCAAGGGUCCAUUUGUCUUCCUGUGCUCCGUCGUCGAACCCCAUUUGUUUUUCCACUUUCAAUUAUGAAUUCCUCUUUUACACGAGUAAUAACAUUUGGCGACCUAUGCAAAUUUCUAUCCUAAUUUCCUGUAACUAUAUGACCUAGAAUCGUUUGUACUCUAUGCGGGGAUUCCCCCCAUGGACUUCUGAAGAUGCGUCUGACUUUCCGUAUUUGGAUCUGUUUUCUGAAUGUAGGAACCUUACCUGAUCACGAAACUGGAAUCUGCCGAGAGAACAUGGAAAGAACUAUCGGUAUGCUUGUGUUACAUGUAUGUUGCCCACUAUGCGUAUCUAUUACUGAAGACCAGUUCAUCAUGUCAUCUUGAAGAAAAUUCAUUGCUUUGACGAUAGAUUGCUCUUUUGUUUCGUUUAAAGUUCUACAUAUUAUCCAUGAAUCCAUAUGGAUCGUCCUGAAAAUUUUAUUUAUGUAAAUCCGACAUUCCGUUGAUUUCCUCAGACUUUUCUUGGGAACUUACAGGUGUUAUAUUGGAUGGAAUACUUGCGUGUGGACCAAGUAUUAUUGGCCAGAACUAUGUUUCUCUUUCUUUGAUAUAAAUAUGGGAUUCGUGUAUUUCAUUUUUGCUGGCCAUCCCAAAGUUGAUCCUACAUUUUUUAUCAAUAAUAUUAUCAAUACUGCGACGAUAAUGAUAUCAUGGGCCCAAAUCUCGCAUUCUUCCUCAUAUGGGCUCUUUCAAGCUCCGCACUGCUCCCAUGGAGUGAAGAAGGGAGUUAAGGACGGAAUUAGCAAGUUCAAGUAAACGUGCAAUAUGUGGUCUUUGGUGUGUCCAUAGAGUAAGAAAAAAAUUAAUGGGGAUACUAGGAAGAAAUAUAGUGCUGAUUGGUUGAUACCCCGAAGCCAUCCAGGGAAUUCCUUUGUUUUAAUUUUUUUUUUUUGAAAUCCUGUGUUCCUCCUAAUGGUCAUAUAUUUGAUGACGAGAAUUGAAGGCUCUGCCUACCAGCUCGUGCCAAUGUGAUUUUUAGAAAAGGAAAUUGCUUCUUCGAUUAUGCUAUUCAAGAUUGAUGGACGUCCUCUUCCUUAGGAUGGGGCGGCAACGAAUAAAGAAAAAGGGUUCUGGCCUUUUUGAUAGAUUCAUUUUUUCCAAGAUGAGUUGUGGUUUAUCGAGAGAAACGAAAUUUGGCCACAAUCAGUGGCUUAUAUGAGAGUUGACACCUCAUAUGCAAGAUAUCAGUGGCUUUUAUGUGAUAGCUGCAAUUUGAACAUAUCCAUCUGAUAGCGCUAUGACUAUAUUUGGGUUGCCUGGUUGACGCAUGGCAUCUACAGAAACAUGCUUUCUUCAAGAUUUUUUGGAUACUCGAAUUAGGAUUCUAUCAAUGAACGUUUUGUUCAAAAGCAUACAAUUCUUUUGUUGUGUGAAAUCUACUAUCUUUUCUACCCAUUGGGCCAUAACCCAAAAUCAGGCUUAGGUUGGGCUGUCUUGACACAAUCUCAUUCAGUACAAAGCAAGAUAAACUCGAUUUAGACAACUGGAAGCAAAGAGGCCUAUAAUCAUUUGUGAUCCCACAAGAAAACGAACAAAGUGAAACUUUGAAGCAGAGUCAUAAAGCUUGUAACUGCAGAUCAAGGGGUGACCAGUUUGAACUCUUUUGACCAAAAAAUGGCGAUUUUGUCCAUUUUACGGGAAGAAGUUGCAAAAGUCAUGCAAUAUUGUGAUUAUAAUCCUAAAGAAGGCAGUUUGCAUUAUUUCCUUUGUUUUACUAUUUAUGAACACACUUUACACUCAGUUCAUUUCAAUUCCUAUGAUUAGAUGGCAACUUCAUGUAUCUUCUGUACUUAGAUCUCACUCAGUUGUUGCUUAACUUUUUUUGGUGAGAUUUUUUUUUCUGCCUGUUCUGUAGUGAAACCACUUCUGAUUCUUUCCCUUUCCAGGUUAAGCUAGCAGAUCCUGAUGUGAUAUCAAACAAUAGCGAGUACCAAAAACUUGCACAAUCUAUGUCUGAGCUUGACGAGGUAAUAUGUGACCUUUUUUCUGAAUAAUUUUCAUUCUGGAAGUUUCAACAGUUCUCACUCUGGAUGUAAUUUAUGUAUUCUGAAACAGGUAGUAUCAACAUUUCGGAAAUUCAAAGAAUGUGAGAAACAGAUUGAAGAUGCGAAAGGUGCAGCGCUGCUAUUUUGUAUUUGAUGAUCAGGAGAUGAUGAUGCACACAUUGACACAUGCUUUGUGUCAUAAUUGUAGUGCUGGAAAAAGAGGAUGGAGGUGACCCAGAUAUGGCCGAGAUGAUAGCUUUGGAAGUCGAAACAUUAACUAACCAACUCAAAGAGCUUGAAGAUAAGCUGAAGGUGUUGCAGGAGUUUCAUUUGUUAAUCUCUUUGCAUUUUUUAUCAUUAAUUCACAUAUGAUCCACUCUCUGAAAUAAUCAGAUCUUCAUCUUGGUAAUUUCUGACUACAUAUAAUAUUUUAUUAUCUAUCACUUAUGGCCCUGUCCUCUACAUUGAGGAGUUUCUUAGGCUUGGCCUUGUCUAACUUAUGACCCUGUCCUCUACAUUGGGGCCAGACCAUCGUCUGCAAAUUAUCUGCAUUGGAUCAUUGGAAGUACGAAACAGAACAUGUAAUCAGUGUUUGAUUCGCAUUGUUAGCACAUUGGGCGAGUGCAUACCUCGAGAUGUGAGAAUUGGACCAGUUUUAGACUAAAUACGGUUGGAAUUUUUUUUACAUCUUCCUUUUGCACAAAGAUAUGCAUGCUGCAUAUUCCCGCAGUCACAUUAAGAGAGAUAUAAUAUAAGUCAUAUUUUUUUGAAAAUAUAUUUCUGCGUCUCUUCCUGUCCUUUCACUUGCCCAUUUUAGAACGUGUCACAAUGCUGUUUGUCAACUAGGAUAUAACCUCUUUAGACGACCGUCUGGUCCAACCUUAAUAUAAUCUUGCAUAUUUUCCUUCAAUCCCAUGAAUAGUUUCUUGCUUCUGUCAAGCUUCAUUUAUCUAGCAUUCCUAUUGAUGUUCUUUACCUUUAAGUAACAGGUAUUACUCAUUCCAAGUGAUCCUCUUGAUGCGCGGAAUAUACUGCUCGAAGGUAGAUAUUUUUUCUGGUGAAAACUGGUUUUUUCUCUAUCUAAUUUGUAAUUCGUGCCUGUAAACUAUGUUCUAUAUUCCUUGGAGCCUUUUUUAAAAGAAAGUGACGAAUAUCAUCGUUUUUUGUUAAAAGCUUUCGUCAUUUCUUGUCGAUGAUAGUUUCAGCCGUUAUAUUCCAUUUAUCUUUCCGAAAGUUUCUGACGUGACCUCUUUGUUCUUUUCUUGUGUUAUUAUUAUGUCUGCAAUUUGUUAUUUCAAAUUCUAUCAUCAAUUUCGGCAGACACUGUAAAAAGUGGUUUCAACGCUAUGAUUGCUUUUUAUAUAACAUGUACUUAAGUGCUGGCAUCGCUCGUCUUUGUAUUUUAUUUAGUAUGCUACUGUCCAGUGUGUAAUUAUUAGGACUGGCUAGGUUAAAAUUAUUCCUGUGAUUUCAGAUUCUAACCCUAUGAAAUAUUAAUCUUCGACCUGAUAAGAGGACUCAUUGAUAAUUAAUCUGUGAUAUCUUGAUAUCCCUUAUUUUUUAUUAGCUGUUAUUCAUUUUGGUAUAAACAAAGUAUGAUUUCUGUGCGAAAAAUAACAGUAGUUUAAUUUAUCGACAUGGCUGUUCAAAUAGUAAAGACCUUCUUAGGCUGUGGGCAAUGCACAUGAUUUUUUUCCUCUCAAAAAAAGAAGAAUAUAGCUUCUUCAGCUUAAAGGAUGCUUCUUGUUGUUGUCUACUACUUUGUACUUCUAUUAUUAGUCUUUUGUGAAUGAUAUUCGUUAGCAGUUAUGGCUCACUUUUGCCUUACACUUGACACAACUUUUUACUUCUUUUCCAUGGUUUUCUUAUGCUGCAAUUUUUUUUUUCAUUUGUUUUUCAAUAUCCUGACCUUUUUUCUGCACGUUGGGAAACUAAAUUGAUGAUUUUGCUUUGGCAGUACGGGCUGGCACGGGUGGUGACGAGGCAGGAAUAUGGGCAGGCGAUCUCGUAGGUGACUUCGAUUCUGUCCUUUUUAAUAAUCAAAAUGGAUGACAUUCAUGGGUUUUGGAGUCAGCGUUCAGAUGUUGUGAUAUGUUGAAGUUUUUACGUAGUUAUUGCAAAGAAGGAAAUAGAAAUUGGUGGCGGUGGAGAGAUCUUUUGCUUGUCAAUCUAAGCCAUGGUUCAUAACUGGCAUAUAAUGUCUUCUUAUGACUUCGCCAGUUGAUUACAAGAAAGGAGAGACAAACUAGCACUUAAUGCGAGAGGCUUUCCCGUUGGUUCACUUUGUAGGUGACCACAUCUUAUUUCUUCCCUCAUUCCACAUGGAGGAAGCCAUCAGGAUCCACAUCUUCGCAGUUCCAUUCCUUCUUUUUUUUAAAAAAAUCUGAAUUCGUCCUCCAUUAUACUUACAUUCCAAAAAACAUUCCUCCAUUUAUUUCCAUAUAAAAAGUUGUCGCCCUAAAACGAAAUUAAGCGUAAAUCUUAGAAAAAAGAUCUUUAUCAUGGGAUACAAAAGGAUCAAACAAGCUAGCUACCAAAAAAUUCAUUAGUGAUGGUCUUUUUGCCAUUAUUCUAUUUUGCUUUUGCUAGGCUUUAAAGGUAUAUAUAUUUUUGAUCUUGUUUUGCAAUAGUUUGGCAUUACUUGGUUAAUCGCGUACAGUCUUCAUAGCCUUUUAUGAUUAGUUUUCUCCUUGGCGACUCACCAUCAACUCAUUUAUUUAUUUUUGGUUAUUCACCUGAGCAAUUAUGAUAUUGAAGCAGAUUCAGGGCAAGUGGUCAGAUCUGUUAUGACUUAGCGAUUAAGUGGAAGACCCUUUUUUUCUAUUCCAACUACUAAUAUGAUUUUGGUUUUCCUUUGUAGGUUCGCAUGUACCAGAGAUAUUGUGAGCUUAAUUCUUGGAGGUUCACGACAGUCUCUUGCUCAGAUGUAUUCAACAAGCCUUUCCUUGCUCAUUUUGACUCGGUGUUGUAUUUACUUGACUAAACACGUUUAGUUCAGGCUGAAAAAGGUGGAUUCAAGACGUAUGUCAUGGAAGUGAAGGGAAGGAGCGUUUACAGCAAACUGAAGUAUGAAUCUGGUGUUCAUCGUGUGCAACGUGUUCCUCAGACUGAAGCACAGGGUCGUGUACACACUUCAACAGCGACUGUUGCCAUCAUGCCUGAGGUAAGUUUUCCACAUUACAUUUCAUUCUUCAGCUGUCACUCUGACUAUUAGAGUUUGUACCUCCAACUGUCCAACUACAGUGGGUGAACUCUUUGUGAAGCACAUAAAAUUCUUAGCUAGUCGAUUUUAAUCUAGUUUAUGGUCGAAGCAUAUAUCCCAGAUUGUUUUUCGAGCUCUUGCUCCAUGAUUUCCUUUCUGUGUCACUGGCAGCCUCUUGGGGGGGGGAGGGGGGGGGGACAGAUAUUUGGCGUUCCUCUAAUGAUAUCAUGGUCCAGCAGUACGUUCUUCGUUAUGGAUUCUUUCAUUUCUUUUGGUUUUGGUUUAAUAUCAUGUUUGCUUGGCUCCGUCAUUUUUUGCCAUCCCAUUGGACGACCAGAGUUACAUGCUUUAGCAGAAGAUAAAUUCCCAAUUCGAAAAAUCAGUCUUUUAAUGAUCUGCCUCCACCAUAAAAUAUUUUAUUUUUAUCAAUUUUAUGGUGUCAGCCAACAGUUUGGAAUCCUGUUGCUGGUUAAGUUGAGAUUUUCCAUUGAAGAAAACUACAAUUGAUCUCCUCUGUGUCCUUAGUCUCUUAUUUUGGAAGAACUGAGGAACUUAUUAAGAUGAUUAAUGAUGAAAGAAAAGGCAAAAUAAUUAUAAUAGUAGGCGUGGAUUUUUUUCGCCUCCUCACUGAUAAUCUUUAUCCCCACUUCACUUUAUUAUUUUUAUGGUAGAUGUUUAAUGAACGCUGCUAUACUGAUGAAAAUAAAGCAUAAAAACACAGUGGAAAUUAAAUUACAAGAGGUCAAGAAGUCUCUGGAGUAGCCCCAGUAGAAGAACAACAUGCUGUUGCCUCACUGUUGGAACGAGAUCUAUCCUCACAUUAGCAUCAGUUGCACAACGGUGUAAUGACUGUUGCUACCAUGAUUCUCUGAUUAUGAUAUGCUCGAAGAUUAGCCGAAUUUCAGAGAUUUUAAGAUAAUUCUUACGGGUUAAAAAACAACUUGGUACCAUUCGAGUCCAAAAAUUUCCCACCUUUUCAGCUCAACGUGUUUCUGGGUCAGGCAACCUUGCUGCCUGCUUGCAAUUAAUUCAGAUUUGAGAGAUACAUGCAUACCAUAUUGUAGAGAAAUUUCCACCGAGCUCAAAUCGUAGAAAUAAGCAAAUCUACUAAGAGGAUGAAUGGAUCUUGGUGCAUCCACUUUCUACUUUCCCAUCGAAUAUGGUCUUUAAUGGACUGCCUAGUAAAACUGGUGUCUAAAAGCGAUAUAAUGGUAUAUUUGGGCCACUAAUACCUUCUCGUGCCUUUCCAAGGACUAGUGGUGUAGAUCUUGUUCACUUAGAACACAUUCUCUAGCUCAAGUGCACGAGAGCUUCCCAUAUUUAAGCAUGUGUUCCGUGCAGAUUAUGCGAUGGAUUUCUCUGAAGUUAUGACGCCCUUCAUUUCAGGCAGAUGAAGUCGAAGUAGUGAUUGAUCCCAAAGAUAUUGAGCUUACUACAGCAAGGUCUGGUGGUGCAGGAGGUUUGAACUAGAACGCAAACCUGAAGGCCCAUAGCAUAAUCUGCAGGACCCAGUUCAGAUAUCCUUGAGGCUGUUCCUUCCAGUGGGAUCAUAUCCACUAAUUUUUGUCCCAUGCAGGGCAAAAUGUCAACAAGGUCGAGACGGCGGUUGACCUUUUCCAUAAACCAUCCGGGAUCCGUAUCUUCUGCACUGAGGAGAGAACCCAACUGAAAAACAAAAAUCGCGCGUUUCAGCUGCUGCGUGCAAAACUGUGAGUCUUCUUCAUCUGGAAUCCCAUCGUUGUUAGAAUCCAGUCCCUUGAAAUUCUCUUUCCUUCAUUCGUUGAUUUUCUCCGAAGAUGAGUACUACUUCUGCUCAAACACUCGACCCAAUCAUUGAUGAUUUUCUCAUAGACUCUGGGCAUGGAUUCCUUGGGCAUUUCUUUUGAGCAUGAUAUGACCCAUUUUUAUGUAAGAACAAGGAACAAAAGUCCAUUUUUUGUUGUUUUCUACCAUUGAAGGGUUGAAGUUUCCAAAAAUGGAAGAUACAGAUCCUGAAUUUAAAUUAUUUUUGGAAACAUAUCAAUUGACAGAACCCUUGAUAAAAGCAAGAGAUGCUGUGUAUGAAUCACUCACAUAUUCUUCUGAAUUAUAUGUGACGUGUGAUUUUCUCUAAAGAUUCUCUGAUGCACACUUGACUGCAGAUACGAGAUUAAAGUGAGGGAGCAGCAGGAAUCCAUAAGAAAUGAGAGGAAGUCCCAGGUAUGAGAGAAAUCGGGCUCCAUGUGAAGUAGAUUCUAUCCUGUCUCUGCAUGCCGUACAACAUCCCAGCCUGUUCUUUAUUUAUUCUUCCUCAUCUAUGUUGUUUGUUCUUACCGAAUGAUUUCUUUCACAGCAGCCGGCCCUUCUUGAUUGCCUCAACAGCCGAAUCAGUUCUUAUUAAUUCCUUCCUAAAAAUUUCCAGAAUGGAAGAAUGCAUGAGACUAUAUCUUUUUUCUUUUAAUUUGUGCGUAAUAAUAAAUCGGGGAAUUUCUCUCUGGAUGCAUUUCCUAAUUACCCAGAAAUAUAUUAAACUGAGAUUGAAAUCUUGAGAAAUAGGAUUGUGAAGCAAGCUACUCGGAUGAAAUUGGCAGGUGGGCACUGGCGCUCGUUCCGAAAAGAUUAGAACAUAUAAUUACAAGGUGAAGCUUGCCCUCUUGUUUUUUUUAUGAUUUUUUUUUUAUUUCUUCUUCACCGGAAAUGGAAAAAUAGUUAAUUUAUGUAAUGUGGGACUGACCAAUUUUAUAGGACAACCGAGUAACUGACCACCGUCUGAAGAUGAACUUUGAGCUCACGUCGUUCCUCUCUGGUGAUAUCGACGCGGCUAUUCAGGUCAGUCAGCUCCUCCUGUUCUCACCAUUCCUUCUCUCACCUCAAUCGGCCCGGUAUUGAUGGGUGGACUUUCUGCAGUCUUGUUCGGCGUUGGAGCAGAAGGAGCUCCUGGAGGAACUUGCCGAGUCCGUCAGCUCAUCGGCUCCCUAA